AUCGUCCAAGCAAUGCUGUCAUCCUUUGCAGAGCAGCAAGGCAACUAAUUAAUUUUAAUACCCAUGUAUUAUACCUUUACUCAUGUCACAUGUAAAAGCACUUGGAAGAACAUCAAUAAGUUGAAGUAUAAGAAUUGCAAAUUACAAUCAGCACUUUCUUGUAGUCAAGUGCAAAUAUACACACCCCUCUCAGACUGUGUGUCGUGGUAGCUAAGAGAUCAAUCUAAACAAACAGACUGCAGAAAAGUAAAUCAGACUACAGGGAAACAACUGACACGUAAGUCUGCAGAUUUACUUUGAAACAAAAUCAUUAUAAAUCAUAAAGCUUAUAAUUGAAGUGUCUCAAAAAUAAAGUCCAUUGUAGUCUAUUGCAGUUCACAGAGAUCCUUAGAUCCUGUAAGAAAAAGGAGGCAUGUCGCAUGAGACAGCUUUGCAGCCUUACCCAUCUCAUGAAAAAUCAGGAUAUCUGGAGAGUCGAAUGUCCAAUCAAGAUCGCACUCUAAGCACUCUACUGGAACAGGCCUUUAAGAUCAAGGAUGAUGUGGUGACCGGUCUGCGUGCUGCUCAAGGUUCAGUCCUGAUGGAGUCAUCUGCUAGAAAACUACUGGAGAGCCACAUUCAGACCAUAACUCACAUUGUCAGACAGCUCAGCAAGAACAUCCAGGUUCUGGAAACACAGAUUAUUGAGAGAGACCACCUUACUGCAGGGACGACAUUUGCAGUGAAGAGCUUGGAUCACAAAAACAUGACUGGUAUUGGGGAUCUCAGAGGGAGAGUGGCAAGGUGUGAUGCUAGUAUUUCAAAACUGUCAGCUGAUGUUGGUGCUGGUGGAUGGGACAUCCUGAAACUCCAAAAAGAAGUGAGUGAGUUGCGUUCUGGGCUGGAACUGAAGCUGAGAGACAUGGAGCUCAAGCUGUUUCGGGAAAUAGGAAAACUAGAUACCUCACUUUCAGAGAAGUUGAUCUCUCAGAGGAAUGCCACUGGACUCUUACAGAAGGAAAUGCAAAGACUGGAAGUAAAGACCUCAAGUGGUCUUAAGGAGAUGGAGGAGGAGACAGUGAGACUCAGGAAGUGGGCAGAGGAGCAGUUGAAAUGCACAGUUCAAACACACACAGAGAACAGCCAACAGCUGCACACACUAUUGCAGGACACAGUGGUUGAGAUGGAAGGGAAGCUAAAGGAGCACAUGGUACUUCUUUCUGGUCAUCUGGAGAACAUGGAGGCACGGUUGGGAAAGGAACGAUCAGCCGACAAAGUCAAGCGAUCUGAUAGCAAAGUCAACAGCAAGAUCAGCACUUUGGAGAAGAGCUUUAGAGAAGAGCUAGAGCAGAUGAGAAGGGAGUACCAGUCUGGGUUCCAGGCAGUUCAUGAUGCCAUUGCAUCUCUGAGACACAUUGGUGACGCCAAAGCCAAGCUGGAUAAGGUAGAGCUGCAAAGAGAUAUCAGACAGAUCCAGAAAAACGCUGUGGGACUGAAAAAACUCUGAGACCUGAGAG